UUCUUUUCCAAAGUAUUUUCUUCACAGUUCUUCAAAAAUCUCCCAAUAAAGAUCAGAUUUUUCAAGAAUCCCACCAUGAAAAAUCCAAACCCAGAACCCAAUUUCAGUUCAAAUCAUCGAAAUCUUCAUAAACAGAGCAGUAGUCAUAUAUCAAUGUCGGAUACAGAGUCACAGGUGAGUCAAAUUGAUUCUUUCCACUCACCACUUCGAUCCGACUCGCCAUUACGUUCUGAUGAUCCUUUCCCUGAACCCCACAACCCCAAAUCACCUUCAAAGGCAAUUGUUGCAGUAGACAAGUACUUUUCCCCACUCAGAUCAUCGCAUAAACUUUCGUCGGAAAAUUUGAGUUCGCCAGCAACCCCACCGCCGGCGGUGGAAAGGAGGUCGCCACUGGUUUAUGUAAGUAGGGCGGUUAGGGAGGAUAUGGCACCUGGGGUGACGAAGGUGGGUCCGGUACGUGGUGGUGGUGGUGACGUGGAAGGGGGAGAAGUUGGAGGUGAGAGACGGUCGAGGGCGGCUGUAGAGUCGAUUCUUGAAAGGUCGCAAAGGGAUGUUAUGAUGAACAGGGUGGCUUUAGGAUUUAGGGUUUGUGAGGUUAUUUUUUGCUUGAUUUCGUUUUCGGUUAUGGCAGCUGAUAAAACUCAAGGUUGGACUGGUGAUUCAUUUGAUCGUUACAAAGAGUACAGGUAUUUGGUAGCUGUUAAUGUUAUUGGAUUUGCAUAUGCUGGAUUUCAAGCAUUUGAUCUAGCACUCAGUUUGGCAACUGGGAAACACUUUCUCUCUUACCAUAUGCGAUAUCAUUUCAAUUUCUCAAUGGAUCAGAUACUGGCAUAUCUUAUUAUGUCUGCAUCAUCUUCAUCUGCAACGAGGGUAGACGACUGGGCAUCAAAUUGGGGAAAAGAUGCAUUCACAGAAAUGGCAAGUGCAUCAAUCGCGCUGUCUUUCCUGGCUUUCAUUGCUUUUGCCUUCAGCUCUAUCAUAUCUGGUUAUAGCCUCUGCAACCGUACUUCCUCAUGAUCUUGAAAUGAGUUACAACUAUUCAUCCAUUGCGUAAUUUUGAGAAAUUACUGCAACAAAUAUUUAUGUCUAGUGGAUCAGAAGUUGUACAGAUGUAGUUAAUAGAUUUAGCUGUAUAAUAAUCUCUUUUUUUCCCACUCCUACUGCAGAGGAAUAAAGUAUACAAAUCCGGUUGAGCAAAUUGUAUUGUUGAGUACGUGAAAAGAAUAAUGUCAAAUAUGCAUAUAUUCUUAUGGAUAUGGUCUAUGUUAAAUCUUUAUGAUGUAUUGAACAGUGUGAAUGUGAAACCUUUUUAUUAAGAGACAUAAUCAAAUCUUGAGUUCAGGUAAA